AUUUAUAUAUAAAUGCUAUAUUUUAUUUCUUCAUGGUUUAAAAAAUUAUUUAAUCCAUUCCCCCUUUUUAAAUAAUACCAAUGUCACUAGUUAAUUCUUUCUCAACCGAAUACUUGGCAAUUUCAUUACAUUCUCGGCUGGAUAGAAGAAAUAUAUUUCCACCAUUAUUUAAUGAUCCGGAAUUAUACGUUCCUCCAGCAGAAGAUAAUUUUCGAAAAAGAAGGCCUCCUAAUCCAUUUUUAAUAUGUAAAAAAAAUGUCCAUGAAGAAGCAAAAUUAAAGGGUUCUUAUAAUAUGCGUAUAAUUACUAAAGCUACAAGUAUUUUUUGGAAAAAUGCUUCACUUGAAGAAAAAAACUGCUAUAAAACUAUAGCUAAACGUGUUGCCGAUAUUUAUUAUGGAAGAAAAGCUUCUUUUUAUAAAAUUAUUACUUUCCAAUUAUUACCGCCUACUCCUUCAAAUUAUUCGGUGGAAACAAAUCCUUCCUUUUUUCCUCCUACAACUUCUCUUUAUCCAUCUACCGUGAAUAAUAAUUAUCCCAUUUCUUUUAACUAUACUCAAAUUGAUCCAGAUCAAUUUGUACCACCAUAUAAUACUUUUAUAUUUAUGUAGGUUCUUUUAUCUGAUGUUUUUAAAUAUUCUUUCUUUUGAACCAAAUUUUUUUUUUU